GCCAACCUGCCGCGCCUGCGCGUCCUGCGCCUGCGGGGCAACCUGCUCAAGCUCAUCCCGCCGGGGGUCUUCACGCGCCUGGACAACCUCACGCUGCUGGACCUGAGCGAGAACAAGCUGGUCAUCCUCCUGGACUACACGUUCCAGGACCUGCGCAGCCUCCGCCGGCUGGAGGUGGGCGACAAUGACCUGGUGUUCAUCUCGCGCCGGGCCUUCGCGGGGCUGCUGGCGCUGGAGGAGCUGACCCUG